GGCGCGCCCUGGCGCGACUUCAAAAACAUCUGCCGGCAACGAUGAUCAAAAUGUAAGAUGGCGAAUCACUACGAUGUGCCGUCUUGGGCUGGGAAGCCUCCUGUGGGCUUACAUCUUGACGUAUUGAAAGGCGAGAAGCUUAUACAGAAACUCAUGAUAGAUGAGAAAAAGUGCUACUUGUUCGGACGGAAUCCAGAUCUGAACGACUUUGUCAUCGACCACCAGUCAUGUUCUCGUGUCCACGCUGCACUCGUCUACCACAAACACCUGCAGAGGGCAUUUCUGGUAGACCUGGGAAGCACACAUGGAACAUUCAUCGGCACCAUUCGGCUGGAGCAGCACAAACCAACCCAGCUGCCCGUGGACAGCAGGUUUCACUUUGGUGCAUCCACUCGCCUCUACAUUCUGCGUGAGCGGCCCCAGAAGGUGGCCGCACGGCAAGGUGACGAUUCAACUGUGACGGACGAAGUGGAGGGUGGCCUUCUGGGUCUCCCCGAGACUGAGACUGAGCUUGAUAACCUGACUGAAUACAACACUGCCCAUAACCGAAGGAUAACCAUGCUUGGUAUCCCUGAUGAAGAGCUGAAACCUCCAAACCGGAAGCAGAAGAACCUCAGCGUCAAGUUCAACGAGGAGGAGGACGUCAUCAAUCCAGAGGAUGUGGACCCGUCCAUAGGAAGGUUUCGGAACUUGGUCCACACUGCAGUCAUCCCAAAAAAGAAGGCCAAGAUGGACACUGGCGACCCGCUGAGCACCCUACUGCCCGACUCUGACAAGUCGAGCCACAUGCACCCCUUCUCAAAGCCCGAGUCCGCGCAUGUGUCCCACUUGAGCACCAUCUUCUCGCCAAUGCUCUCGGCCAAGCUGGGACUUCACCUGCCCAACCCUGCGCCAGAGAUCGAGCCAGCCAGUGCUCCUCUUGUGAACCCUGCUGCGCCGGUGGUAACAGCCCACCCAGCCACAGCAGACGCCAACCUACCACCAGAGCCUAAGAAAAAGAAGUAUGCCAAGGAAGCGUGGCCCGGGAAGAAGCCUGUGCCCUCGUUACUCAUGUGAAGGUGGAGAUUGUUGCUUGGCCCAGCUGACUCUACUCCCAGUAUGGAGGAGAGAACACUUCCACUCAUGGGUUUGGCUGGCAAACAGGUACCGGCCCAGCAUGUGGCAAAUGUGCGCCGGCUGCAACAAGUGCCUCUCUGUAUCCAUGCGCUGCUAUGCCUCUCGAGUCUGCAGAAACAAGGAGGGAUUGAUACCUGCAGCAAAGCUGUGGUGCGGCCCCUUACAACAGCUGCCGCCUGCAGGUGAAGUGGCAAGCCAGUGUUCUGCUUCGAGGCCUGUCUCGUUUUGCAAAUGGCAUUGCCACGGUGCGGACGAAGCAGCCAUGAAGGAUUGUGCGGGUGGUUGCACACCACUCGGUUGCUUCGGAGUCCUGCCAGAACGACCGUUACACUGUUCACAGUAGAAUGUGUGUACUGCUGGCCAAAUUGAACUCGCACGUAAUAUUGACACAGUUAAUGUGCUGGGAUUUUUUCAGGCUGUACAAGUUUUUCCUAGCAUGCAGCAGGUAGUGUUGUGAAUAUAGAUUGACCUCUACAUUCACAGUCCCAUGCUAGUAAGAAAACAAGCGUUAUUUGAAUAUAGCACUUGACAAUUCUAAAAAUGAAGGUUGACUCAUUUUUAAGAGAAUUGAUGAAGGUUUGAAGGCAUACCUUGAACUUUACUGGUCAGGAUCAGAGGCAGCACCAUCAUCCAAACUAUGUGUCUCGUCGAUGAUAGGAUUUUUUGGUGGUGAGGGGGUUGGUACACCCAUGGGCAUUUGGUGCCUUUGAUCAUGAGUACAAGAUGGCCUUGUUUGGUGAAGAUUAUAGGUAGACUCCUUUAGUCUUGCGCAGUGGUUUUGGAAAAAAAGGUCGGCCCAUAAUUGAAUGCAGUAAUUCAGUGGAUGUAAAAUUGCACUACCUGCAGCAGGUAACAGUCAAUAAACUUGUGCAGCCUAAAAAAACAUUGUUGAAUGCCAAUCACAGCCAUUUAAAUCAUCAUGGAAACCAGCUUUCUCCUCCUUUUUUGCACUGUCAUCUCAUUCAUGCUCAGUUUCAAGUCUACUGCUCCACAAUAUAACUGCACAUUACAUUGUACAACUGUACAUUAUGCAUAUAAGACAUCAUCAACUCUCUUUGUACACAUGAUUAAAGUGCAUGUUAUUGUGGACUAUGCAUGUAACGGUUGCAAUAAAUCUGUACACCCUUGUCUCA